UCCGGCCAGAUACGGUCUCACUUGGCCUGCACAAUUUCAUCAGAAAGAGACAAAAGUUGAGGACAUGGCUGGAGAGGAUCUGAUUGCCCAAUUCCAGGCGCUGGGGAUGAGCGAGCAGAAGGCGAAGGAGACCCUGAAAAACGCCAACGUGACCAAGAACCUCCAACUUGCGCUUGCGGCGGCAGGGAGCGCUCCCUUGUCCGAUGGCGUUGGCAUGCUGAUCUACCACAUGGCCACCAAGCUGAAGCCCCAGACGGCGGAACAACUACCGCUCUUGGUUCGCUACAUCGUGGAUCGCAAGCUGGACAACACCCAGCGGGUGGACGCCGCCCUGGAAUAUGUGCUUAAGUGCGGCCAAACCCUGAAGGCUAAUAUUGAUGCCCAGGAACUGGAGAAGGAGUGCGGGGUGGGCGUGGUGGUCACCCCCGAGCAGAUCGAGCGCACUGUGCAGGCCAAAAUCAAGGCCAGCUACAAAGACGCCUUGCUGGAGCAGCGCUACCACUUUAACUCCUUUAAAAUCCUGCAGGACGUCCGGGGCGAGCUGAAAUGGGCGGAUGCCAAGUCCGUGAAGGCGGCCAUCGAUGUUGAGAUCUUCGAUCUGCUGGGCCCCAAGACGGAGGCGGACCUAAAGCCACCCACCAAGCAGAACGAGAAGCCAAAGGCGGCGAAACCCAAGCCGGAAGCAGCAGCAGCCGCUGAAGCAACGUCUGAUGGAGCCACCACCAUUGCGGAAUUAAUGAAGACAAAGGUAAACUUUCAUGCUCCCGGAGAGAACUUUAGGGCCGACGGCUAUGUGGUGACCGAGCAAACAGAGCGACUGCUCAAAGAGCAUUUAGCGAGGACUGGCGGCAAAGUGCACACACGAUUUCCACCGGAACCGAAUGGAAUUCUGCACAUCGGUCAUGCGAAAGCCAUUAACAUCAACUUUGGAUACGCAGCUGCACACGAUGGAGUCUGCUAUUUGCGCUACGACGACACCAAUCCCGAGAAGGAGGAGGAGAAAUUCUUUUUGGCUAUUAAGGAGAUGGUGGAGUGGCUGGGCUACAAGCCCUUCAAGGUCACCUAUUCCUCGGACAACUUCCAGCAGUUGUACGAGUGGGCUGUGGUCCUUAUCAACAAAGGAUUAGCCUACGUUUGCCACCAGAAGGCGGAGGAAUUGAAGGGCUUCAAUCCCAAGCCGAGUCCCUGGAGGGAGCGUCCCAUUGAGGAGUCACUGCGGCUGUUCGAGGAUAUGAAGCGCGGCAAGAUCGACGAAGGAGCGGCCACGCUGCGAAUGAAGGUCACCCUUGAGGAGGGAAAGAUGGAUCCGGUGGCGUACCGCAUCAAGUUUAUUUCCCAUCAUCGUACGGGCUCCGAUUGGUGUAUUUAUCCGACUUACGAUUACACCCAUUGCCUUUGCGACUCCAUCGAAGAUAUCACCCACUCAUUGUGCACCAAGGAGUUCCAAUCGAGGCGAUCCUCGUACUAUUGGUUGUGCAACGCUCUUGAUAUCUACUGUCCGGUGCAGUGGGAGUACGGCAGGUUGAACAUGAACUAUGCCCUCGUUUCGAAGCGCAAGAUUGCCAAGCUGAUCACGGAGCAGAUUGUCCACGACUGGGACGAUCCCAGGCUGUUUACGCUUACGGCUCUGAGAAGGAGAGGUUUCCCAGCAGAGGCAAUCAACAACUUUUGCGCCCAGAUGGGCGUCACUGGUGCCCAGAUCGCCGUGGAUCCCGCCAUGCUGGAAGCGGCAGUGCGAGAUGUGCUUAACAUCACAGCUCCCCGGCGUUUGGUUGUCCUGGAACCGCUUAAAGUUACCAUUAAAAACUUACCGCAUGCGAAGCCCGUGCAGCUGGAGGUGCCCGAUUUCCCCCAGAACCCGCAACAAGGAUCGCACAAGAUCACCCUGGACAAGGUGAUCUAUAUCGAGCAGGGAGACUUCAAGUUGGAACCUGAAAAGGGCUACCGCCGUCUGUCGCCGAACCAAUCCGUGGGUCUGCGGCACGCAGGUCUUGUUAUCAGCGUGGUGGAGAUUGUAAAGGAUCCGGCGACGGGUAAAGUGGUUGAACUUAUCUGCACCAGCCAAUCUGCCGAGCAGGCCGAGAAGCCUAAGGCUUUUGUCCAAUGGGUAUCCCAGCCAAUUCAGCUAGAGGUGCGUCUCUACGAGCAGCUGUUCAAGCACAAGAACCCCGAGGAUCCUAACGAGGUGCCCGGCGGCUUCCUGAGCGACAUCAGCGAGCAGUCUAUAUCGGUGGCUGUGGCCUUCGCGGAUAAGGCUCUCAGCCAAUCCAAGGUCUACGACAAGUUCCAGUUCGAGCGAAUCGGUUUCUUCUCCGUAGAUCCGGACACCACCGCGGACCACAUAGUGUUCAACCGCACGGUGGGCCUCAAGGAAGAUGCGGGCAAGAAGUGAUUAGCAUACAGGAUAUCAACGAACCACAGAAAAAAAAACAAAAUCCGUGUCACAUUAAAAUUCGAUUUACAAAAUCA